AUGGCCUUCCAUUACGCCGAUACUCUCCGAAAGCAUAACCGGGUUGGCGCGGGGAUCUACUCUAUUAUCUACCACGUCGCGCCAACUAUUGUGGUGAAAACUGUUCAUCCCGACCUGACCCCCGAAGAAAAGGCAACCCUAGAGGAGCACAUUUUGAUCAAGGAAAUCGCGUUCUUCAAGGGUCUUAAUAAGCUUCAAGAUCGAUGUCCAGAUAUUGUUGAAUGCUUUCUCAUGCUCCCCGACUAUCUUUUUCUACCAUAUUGCACGCAUGGGUCACUCGGCACUCGCUUAUUUCACCACCAGGAGCGAGAGCCAACAAUAGAUCGCUGGGUAGGGCGAGUUAUCAGGGUCAAGGAGUACGAGGAUCCUGCUCUCGUCGCUCGGUGGAUACAACAACUCACCUCCGCUCUUGAGUAUGUGGAGAAAAUAGGCUUCUGUCACAAUGAUCUGCAUUCAGGCAACUGUCUUCUAGACAGUAACUUGAACUUGAAGCUAACUGAUUUUGGUUGUGCUACCACUAUUGGACAACUGCUUGAAAAUCUACAUGCUCCGCGGGCUAUGAAAAUACUUGCUGGACCGUUGAAAGGCACAUACGGUCUUUGUUCCGCCAGAACUGAACAGUUUGCGGUUGGGACACUUCUAUACCUCAUGUUAUAUGGCUAUGAACCAUAUGAUGACAUCGACAGCAGGGAGUGGGUUGAGAGUGGAGGGCCUGACCGAUUUGCCAACAUGGAGUUUCCAGAACUUAAUUGCAAUGAGGUUCUUGAUGGGCUUAUUUCUGCUUGUUGGCACAAUGUCUAUCCUACAAUGGCCUUCGUAGCGUACGACUUCAAGCGCAAGACAAAGGAUAUGGUGUUGAGUCCAGAAUACAUCCCCAUUGACUCUGUAAAGGAGAUAAAGGCCUGUGAAGCAUUGAUUCGCAAAGGCUUGCUGGGACCUGAGUUAGCUCUCCGCUUCCAACCGGCCUGGAGAAGAUACCUACAUGCUUUUAUGCAGAGAGGCAUGUUUAUUUGGCAAUCUUUUCUACAAAGAAGGUUCUGGAUCUGGUCCUGA